UUUGACAGCUUGAAUUUUUCAGAUUGGAUGUCAUAGAAAAUUAUUUUGUUGAAAAGUUUUGUUCAUAUUCCACGCUUACGUGCGAAAAACAUUAUGGAGACCGUCGAAAAUGAUGCAGCAAGUGAUAUUGUGGUUAUACCGACUAAAGAACCUUCGGAAAGCACCGAGAAUGAGGUUGAAAUUAUUAAUCAUGGAAGUCCGCUACCCAAACCUAUAGAAGCACAACCACUACAGCCUCAAAAGAAUGAGGAAGCUACCCCAGCAGCGGUAACAGAAAUACCACAAGUUCAGGUUGCUGUGGAAACACGAGAACGAAUACCAUUGUUAGCUAAUCCCCCGUCGAGCCGACCCACAGGUCUCGUGCCCAAAUUUCCAAGGCCUAUUGUAGUGGGUGGUGCUCAAACAGCUGGUUUUGCAUCGGGGAACCUGAAUGCCCCGCCUCCUUUAUUAGCCACACCUACAGCACCUCAAGAGCUGUGGGUUGAAACAAAAACGGCUGAGGGAAAGUCAUAUUAUUAUCAUGCAGUCACAAGAGAAACGACUUGGACACGACCGGAUGGUGCUAAUGUUAAGGUAAUGACUCAGGUUGAAGUUGAAGCUAUGAACAAGCAGGCAGCUCCAGCGCAACAAAAACCACCAUUGGAACAGAAGCCGGAUCAUAUUCCGGGAUUAGUCACUGCAACGAUUGCAGCUCAAGUUCUAGCAGUUACGACCGCUCAAACAAUGGCCCCGUCAGUGUCCCGUUUUACAGGGCCACCGCCUGCCCUUAUGGGUGGCAUUCCACCAUUUGGGAUGCCACCGCCUUCGUUUCCGCACUUUCCACCCUGGAAUGCUGCACCCGCUGGAGCCGGCGGCCAAUGGCCACCGAUACCCUCGCCGCUAAUGGAUCCUAUCAAAGCUAUAGCGGAAAUAAAAAUCAAUGAAAUCGAUCCGGUUAUUGCUGCCAAAGCUAUCGAAUGGACAGAACAUAAAGCUCCCGAUGGGAGACUAUAUUAUUACAACGCCUCUAAAGGGGAAAGUGUGUGGGAGAAGCCACAUGCCAUUAAGGAUAUGGAAAUGGCCAAAUUAGCGGUUUACAAUUUACGUCAGAAACCAAAAACAAUUCCACCGUUUAUUGCACCUCCGAUACCUCCGCAAAUGCCUAUUAUUCCUCCGCUUUCGGCAUCUGGGCAGUUACCGCCGCAACCCCUGGGCGUGGGAGUCAAAAUUCAACAGUUUCCACCUCAACUGACCUCCGCGGGGGCACAGGUUAGAUUGCAACAAAUACCUGGUGCGCCAGGGAUGGUUUUCGACCAGAUAAAUUUUCUGGCUCACACUAAAAACGAUAAGCAGGAAGAAGAAAAGAAGAAAAAAGCUGAAGCCGAGAAAAAGAAAAAAGAGGAAGAAGAAAAAAUUAAAGCGGCCAAACCGUUAGACAAAAGUCGCCCAAUUUCGAGUACCCCAAUAAGUGGAACACCCUGGUGUGUUGUUUGGACCGGUGAUGGACGAGUCUUCUUUUACAACCCGUCUACAAGAACAUCUGUGUGGGAACGUCCAGAGGAUCUGAAAGAGCGUGCUGAUGUAGACAAAGCGAUCUCAGUUCCGCCACAACAGUUGCUUGGAAAUGUUCCGAGAGAAGUUGAACCAGUUCCGGCAUUAAAACAGUCUACUAGUACUGAAAUAACCGAAAAACGUUCGGAUUCGGAGUCGAGCGCUGAGGAGAGUGAAGAAAUCCCUAGUAAGAAGUUUAAAACCGAUGUUGAAGCAGCGAUUAAAACAUCGCAAUCGGCAGCUGCUGCAAGUUCCAAAAGUGGCAAUGAUCCGGAGAAGGAAGCCCUUGCAAUGGAGGCGGAAGCACGUGCUUCCAGGGAACGUGCGCUGGUUCCGCUGGAUGUUCGGAUGAAAUCAUUCAAGGAAAUGCUAAAGGAAAAGGAAGUAUCUGCUUUUAGCACCUGGGAAAAGGAAUUACACAAGAUCGUAUUCGAUCCUAGGUAUUUGCUACUGACUUCAAAGGAACGAAAACAGGUGUUCGAGAAGUACGUUAAAGAUCGGGCCGAAGAGGAGCGCAAAGAGAAGAAAAAUAAAAUGAAGCAAAAACGAGAGGAGUACCGUUCGCUACUAGAAGCUGCAAAUUUGCACGGAAAAUCUUCAUUCAGCGAGUUUGCCCAGCGGUACGGCAAAGAUGAUCGAUUCAAAGUGAUUGAAAAAAUUCGUGAGCGUGAAAGCCUCUUUAACGAAUUUAUCGUUGAGGUGCGCAAGCGCGAAAAAGACGACAAGCAGAACAGAAAGGAACAGAUUCGUAGGAAUUUCAUGUCUAUGCUUCGUGAGCAUAGUGAAAUCACACGCCACUCACGAUUUCACGAUGUCCGCAAACGCCUCGAGUCUGACAGCCGCUACCGGGCACUCGUCGAUCUAUCCCUGCGUGAAGAUCUAUUCGAGGAACACAUUAAAAUUCUGAAGGACGAGAAGAAACGAUCCAAGGACAAGGAACGAAAGCGGCGCGAUAAACGUUCAAGCGAUCGACGAGGUUCGUCCCGGGAUCGAAGCGUGUCCAGGGAGCGAGGCGUGGAGGAAGAUGGCGAACAUCCCCAAACCUCGGAUGAUGAGGCCGAGCGGCAACAAAAGGAGCGCGAGAGAAGACUCCGCGCCGAGGCAAGUAUUAAAGAGCGUGAGAAAGAAGUUCAGCGUACGCUGGCCACUCAUCUUAGGGAUCGGGAUAAGGAACGUCAACAUCAUCAGCGAGACGAAGCGAUUCGCCAUUUCAACGCGUUACUGGCAGAUCUAGUGCGGAAUGCCGAUCUCACCUGGAAGGAGGUAAAAAAACAACUCAAGAAGGACCAUCGCUGGGAGUUGGUUGAGCUGCUGGACCGGGAUGAUCGCGAGCGGUUAUUCAGCGAUCAUAUCAACAACCUUGCCAAGAAGAAACGCGACAAGUUCCGUGAAAUGUUGGAUGAAAUUCCUGGUCUGGAAUUAACCAGUCAAUGGAAGGAGGUUAAGAAAACCAUUAGGGAAGAUCCCCGUUAUCUGAAGUACAAUAGCAGCGAGCGGUGCGAACGUGAGUUCCGCGAGUACAUCAAGGACAAGACUAUGAAUGCGAAACUUUCUUUCCGUGAGCUGCUGCAAGAGUGUAAGUUUAUUACCCAUAAAAGCUGGGAUUUGUAUCGAGACAAUUUGAAUCAUAUUCGCGAAGUUGAGGACAUACUACGUAACGACAAACGUUAUCUGGUGCUGAAUCACAUGCAUGCCGACCGAUCGCAGAUGAUUCUAAGCUAUCUAGAGGAUUUGAAUAAACGGGGCCCUCCGCCACCGCCGACGGCCAGUGAGUCAUCUCGAAGGAAAUGAAUACUGCUGUCAAGUAAGUUUUCCAAGUUUCUAAUGUUUAUUGAAUAUUUUACGAUAGGGCCCAUCAUCAAGCAAUUUGGCCGAAUUAGAUAGUAAGAAUUUCCAACUGAUUGAAUAUAACAAGCCACGGUAUUCGACAUUGAUUUGACACAGUAGCCCAAUUGAUUUUACAACAGUGCUCUUCAGCUUCGGAAUUAAGUUUGCCAAGACAUUCGAAUAAACUGGUGACGUUUCUCUUAAUGAAGUGAAAA